AUGAGUAAAAAAAAUCACAUCGUCUCGACUCUCUUUCUUCUCCUCUCCGAGAAGGAAGACAACAAGACACUGUUACUCGGGGAGACACCAAAUCACUCAGAUCCUGAAAACACGAUGAGGAAGCGUCAUCCCAAGGCGGCUUCAGAUUCGUCAGAGCCAUCUUCCACAAGUCAACAAACUGAUAACAACAAUGUUCCUGAGAAGGAGGUUGAUGUUGUUAGGAGAUCGGGUAAAACAUGGUUCUCAGUGUUGAUCCUCCUCAUAUACUCCUCCUGGGCUGUUUACAAUCAUCAGCAUGGGAAUCUACCUCGUCCCUUGACCGCUAAACAAGUUGGCAAAAGAGGUUUCUCUGAGAUUCAGGCUAUGAAACAUGUCACGGCUUUGACUCAGUUUGGUCCUCAUCCUGUUUCUUCUGAUGCUCUUGUCCACGCCCUUGAGUAUGUAUUGGCAGAAGUUGAGAAAGUUAAAGAAACUGCUCACUUUGAUGUUGAUGUGAAUGUUGAUUUCUUCGAGUCGGCGUCCGGUGUGAAUCGGCUUGUGGGUGGUCUUUUUAAAGGGAAGUCACUUGUGUAUUCAGAUAUUAGUCACAUUGUAGUGAGAAUCAUGCCCAAGUAUGAAUCAGAUGCAGGAGACAAUGCUAUUCUUGUCUCCUCUCACAUUGAUACUGUCUUCUCAACAGGUGGGGCUGGAGAUUGUAGCUCUUGUGUAGCUGUAAUGCUGGAACUAGCUCGAUCUGUUUCUCAGUCUGCUCAUGGAUUCAAGAACUCUGUUAUCUUCUUGUUCAAUACUGGAGAGGAAGAAGGUCUUAAUGGAGCUCAUAGCUUUAUCACUCAGCAUCCAUGGAGUUCCACAGUACGUUUAGCUAUUGAUUUAGAGGCCAUGGGAACUGGUGGAAAGUCUGGUAUUUUUCAGGCUGGCCCGAGUCCAUGGGCUAUUGAAAACUUUGCUUUGGCUGCAAAAUAUCCAUCUGGUCAGGUCAUCGGACAGGAUCUGUUUACUUCUGGAGUCAUAAAAUCUGCGACUGAUUUUCAAGUAUACAAGGAGGUUGCUGGUCUCUCAGGAUUGGACUUUGCUUUUGCAGAUAACACUGCUGUCUAUCACACAAAGAAUGAUAAGAUAGAUCUGAUAAAACCAGGAUCUCUCCAACAUCUUGGUGAAAAUAUGCUUGCUUUCCUCCUUCGUGCUGGUUCAUCUUCUGAUCUGCCAAAGGAUAAAACACUCGAGACAUCGAACUCGGACUCAGCUAUCUAUUUUGACAUUUUGGGGAAGUAUAUGGUUGUAUACCGGCAAAAGUUUGCGACAAUGAUGUAUGUUUCAGUGAUCAUGCAAUCGAUGCUUAUAUGGGUUAUGUCUUUGCUCAUGGGUGGUUACCCUGCUGUUGUGUCGGUGAUGUUGUCGUGUUUGAGUUUUAUCCUCGCAUGGAUAUUCUCAGUAGCUUUCUCUGUAGCUGUUGCCUUCAUACUCCCCUGGAUCUCUUCAUCACCUGUGCCUUAUGCUUCAUACCCUUUGAUGACAAUUGGAUUGUUUGUGUCGCCUGCGCUUUUGGGGUCAAUAAGUGGUCAGCACUUGGUCUUUAGUUUCCUUCGGAAGAAACCAUCAAACAGAAAUUCAAACAAUAUGGAACUCUCACCAACACUACGGGAUAACUUGGCUAAGUUAGAGGCUGAGAGAUGGUUGUUUAAAGCUGGUUUUAUACAGUGGUUUGUUCUUCUGGUCGUGGGAACCUAUUACAAACUUGGUUCCACUUACCUCGCUCUGGUUUGGCUAGUUCCUCCUGCAUUUGCAUAUGGAUUGCUUGAGGCGACUUUAACUCCAAUCCGAUUCCCAAAGCCCCUGAAACUUGCAACUCUCGUUAUCAGCUUGGCUGUACCAAUUUUGGUUUCAGCUGGCAGUUUUAUCCGGUUAGCUGGCACAAUGGUCGGCAUGCUUAUUCGAUUUGACAGGAACCCAGGUGGAAGUCCAGAAUGGCUAGGCAAUGUGGUGAUCGCUGUUGUUAUUGCUACUUUCGUAAGUCUGACUAUGGUAUACCUCCUCGCCUAUAUUCAUCUCUCCGGCUCAAAAAGGUCGAUUGUCACAGUAUUAUGCAUUGUCACUACCCUCUCUCUCGCUCUUGUAUCUUCUGGUUUUCUUCCUGCAUUUACUGAGGACACUGCAAGAGCAGUGAAUGUAGUACAUGUUGUGGAUACAACCGGGGGAGAUUCAGUUUCGUUCAUUACACUGUUCUCAAACACUCCUGGAAACCUGAAAGUGGAAGCAGAGCAGAUUAAUGAAGGGUUCAACUGUGGGAGAGAAAACAAGGUAGAUUUCGUCAGUUUCGAAACUAAGUACAGUUGUGUGAGCAAGAAGGACACCGAGGUUGGAUGGGACAAGAGCGAUAUUCCAGUUCUGCGUGUGGUAAACGACGAAAAAGACGAGAGAAGAGUCAUAACUGUUUCUAUGGAGACAGGAGGGUCAACGCGGUGGAUUCUUGGGAUUGAUAUGGAGGAAGUAGAAGACUUCACACUGCAAGUAGGCGAGCAGGAGGGGGAUGGAGAGUUGAUGAUAGGACGUGGGGAGAAGAGCAGCGGGGAAGAAGGAUGGCAUCAGAUUCAAUUCUCUGGUGGGAAAAAGGCGUCGACAAAGUUUGUUCUCAAGCUUUACGAAAAGAAGGAUGAUGAGAGGAAGAAGAAGAAGGAGAAGGUGGAGAGACCUGUGUUGAAACUGAGAACUGACUUUGAUCGUGUCACUCCACAAGUGCAGAGGGUUCUUGAAAGGUUUCCAACAUAUUGCUCAAUGUUUGGGAAGUCCACAUCUCCUUUUACUCUCUCUUUUAUUGCUUCUCUUCCUUACACCAAGUAGCUGGCUUGUGCUUUGCUUAACACAUACGAUACAUUGGUUUUCUUGUUGUGGACAUCAAAAGCACGAGUUUUUAGUUCUUUAGAAUAAAUGAAAUAGAAAAAACGAGAAAG